AUGGAGGAUUCUACCUUCCCCGCCGACAAACAGUCAGAAGAACGCCCUAGGCAAAACACGCUUCUUCAUCUGGACCCCCCACCGGAGUACCAACAGUCUCCAAGUGCUGAACAAAUAUUGGGCCCUAAUGGUGACACGUCAAACGAUACGAGUGCGGUGUCGAAGGCUGAAAGAGCGGGAUGGACAGUCCAAGAUCACGCUGCAGAUAUCGUUCACUUUCUCGCCGAAUUGCCUGAUCAUGAAUCGCCUGGUCAUCAACCACCUGGUCAUCAGUCACCUCAGUCAGAAUUACCUGAUCAUGCUGCAGUUUCCAGUGGUCCAUCUUCACGACAGUCAACGUCGGCAACACGAUCCACUGUUGCUUCAGGGACAGAACAGCGCGCAGUUUCUGUUGCAGUCGACCGCUAUGCCUCGAUGAAUCUUGCCUUCCUUGCAUUAGGAGAUGCUCACGAGAUUGCCUCUUUCAUUGUGCUUGGACGAACCAUGCGCUCUAAAUACGGUCACCGCAUCCGCCUCGCUACGCACUCGGACUUCCACGACCUCGUCACUGAAAAUGGGCUUGAGCACUACGACGUAGGCCUCCCUUCUGGAACGUCAAGUUCCAUCAGAAAAUUGCAAAAAGCAGAUUUACAGCGCCUCUUGGCAGCUUUCUGGCUUUGCUGCACUGACCUUGAUCACAUGCCGAGAUGGCGAAAGUCUCAGUCGAACAUCGUCGAUUGCGCCAAUAGCAGUCUUGCCGACUCACGUUCGCCGCCCUUUGUUGCUAAUGCCAUUGUCGCAAAUCCAACCAGCUUAGCUAGCAUACAUAUCGCGGAAAAACUUGGGAUUCCGCUUCAUAUCAUGCAUACCCGACCGUCGACGCCGACUAAGCUAUUCGAGCAUCCACAGAUGAAUGGCUCUAAAUUCCAAGACCAAGACAGACGAACGUCCAACCUUCUUUCGUACAGCCUUGUCGAGGCGCUUGCGUGGCAUGAUGUGGGUGCAGCGGUGAACGAUUUUCGGACCAAUGUGCUUCACCUCGAGCCGCUUGGGAUGGGUUCGGCAGUACAUCUGGCUCAGAAGUUGUUGAUACCACACACCUACUGUUGGCCGGCGGCCUUGCUUCCAACCCCUUCAGAUUGGGAUGAGAAUAUUCACGUAACUGGAUUCCUUCAUCUUGAGGCUCCACAGUACGUACCUCCAGCAGCGCUUGCACACUUCCUGGCUCAUAAUCCGGCGCCUAUAUUCGUCCACCUUGUUGCAUAUUCUUCAGGAGAAGCUUCACGUUUGCUUCAGCUUCUAUUGGACGGAAUCUGUCGAUCUGGUGGAAGGGUCCUUUUAAGCCGUGAAAGCAUCAUCAAUGUGGAAGAGCAUGUUUUUGACACGAAGGUCUUUCUUCUGGAUGAAUGUCCUCUGGAAUGGCUUUUACCACGGGUCUCGUGCGUUGUGCACCAUGGGUCCAUUGGGAUGCUGGCUGCUGCCCUCCGCGCAAAAAAGCCGUCGGUUUUAGUCCCUCGAGACAGCGAAGAUUGUUUUUGGAGUCAAAUUGCUUCCAGGCGGGGGCUGUCACCGCAGCCCAUACUGUUCAAGGAUUUGAAUUCUUCCAAUCUGGCAAGCGCUCUCUUUAGAGCCUUCAAUCACAAGGUGAAAGAGACCGUGGCUGCCUACGGCGAAAAGUUCAGCUCAGACUCGGCCGCAGAGAGAACAGCCUCGAUCGUCCAAUCUCAAUUCAACGCGCAAUGUUCGCCAUGCGAGAUGACUGCGUCUAGAGUGGCUAUGCUAAAGCACAGCAAAACGAAGCAAAAGCUAUCGCCUUUCGCAGCAGCGGUUCUGGUCAACGACGGCAAGAUCAACAUCUCGGACCUGCGAUUAUACGGACCGUGCUCUUACGACACCGACCGCGGCCCCUGGGAUCCUGUCACAGGAACCGCCGGAGUAUUUUUCGAGGGAAUACAGAGAAUGGUUACGUUCUUUAGUGGAGUAUCCCGAGAGUGUUUGGCCCGACCGGUGUCACUUGAAUCGUCGGAUCCAGCCCUUGGGGCAGUGAGUCCAGGAGGACCUCAUCGUUCCCAAGAAGACGAAACCGGCUCAAUCAGCGGCCACUCCUAUGUCACCGAUCCGUCUUUGUCCCCCUUGACGACUGCCCUCGGCGAGAUGCAUACAGGGUUGCGACACUACAGCAACAAUGCGAACCCUACAGCCGGCAAUUCUUCGUCAAAAUUUGUUUUCGAUGAUAUAGAACCCGGAUCCCUGAAGAAGCCCACAAAUUCAUCUGCGUCAAGGAAAGGCCGCGGCGACGGCCAAAUGGCUGCGAAGGUGCUGAAAAUCAUCCAAACCCCUAUGGAUCUGAGCCUUUCCAUGGCAAAAGGCUUUCAUAACGCCCCGCUGCUCUACGGUGACACAACCAUCCGCAAGAACAGAAAGGUCCAGAACCUGUCUCAGGGGAUAUUGGAGGCUGGGAGGGAGCUCGGGCUGGGCUUUUACGAUGCUUUCACGGGUCUGAUUACCCAGCCUAUCAUCUGCACCUACAACGAAGGACCCGUAGGUCUGGCCAAAGGCCUGGUAUCUGGAGCUCUUGGUGUCUUGGUCAAACCUGGUGCCGCCAUGAUAGGUGUGCCCGGCUACACCUUGAAGGGCAUCUACAUGGAAGUGUCGAAGCACGCCAGCAGGUCGACGUGCGAUACCAUCGUCUCUGCGUUGUUGAAUGGUGUCAUGGAAGAAUGCAAGCAGAACCCAGUUCAGAGGGAGGAAGUCCUGAGGAUGUGGGAGUCAGAGGAUCGAAGAAAGCAUACGCUAUCAUCAACGUCUUCAACAUCACGUUCUGGAGUGUCGGCGUCUUUCUGA